GUACUCUGGUUUUUUGGGUCAUAACUAACGCGUUUGAUUGCACCAACCAGUAGAAAAUCAAGCAAAGAAGGCUUUUGUUUUUUUUUUUUACCCCCUUUUUCUGUCCAAUCUGUACACUUAUAUAGAAACCUUUCUUUUUCUCUCUUACCUUUUUGGUUUUUGCCCGGCAUAUCUACCAAAAACUAUGGAGAAAUCCCAAGCACAAAAGCAGAAGCAAACCCAAGACACCAAAAAGGAAGAGGAAAAACCUCAAGAAGUGAAGCAAAGCCAAGCCCAGAAAGCCAAACAGAAAAUACAGAAGACCCAAGAAGGCAAGCAUCUUGUAUGGGACUGUGGUAGCACUCUUUAUGACUCGUUUGAACUCAACUCUUUCAAGCGUCAACUGGACUCAGCAAUCCAUUCGAGAACCAUGUCCAUGCCUCAUUUGGUCGAUACCCGAGCUCCCCCUCCCCCACAGUCUACUCUUCCUCCUCCGGUAGUUCCCAAGAAGCAGCUUUCAAAGUUCUCUCGCUCGAUUCAGAAACUCUUCAAAUCCAUGUUCAAGUUCAAACAGAGUUCAAGUUCUUCCGUCUUCUGGCUGAAACAAAGAUCGCACGAGGAGUACUACGUGGUCUACGACAAGACGGGUGCACUGACAACGAUCCCCGAGGUUCCGGAGAUUGAUUUUGGAGGGCUUUCGCCAGAGAUUAACUCGUUGGUUGUUAAGAGAACUGCAUCCGAAAGGUUCACCGCAGCCUCCACUGUCGGUAUUUCAUGUGCUUAAUAUAUACAAAAAUAUAAAGAGGCUUAUACAGAAUAUAUAUAUAUAUGAAUAACGAAGAUGUGAUCAAAUAGUUUGUGUAUAUUUUGAUCAUAUUGCUUUUAAGUUUUUUUUAGGAUGUUUUCUUCUUAAGGUUACGUUACUUGAAGUUUUGAACUUUGACCCUUUCUUGUCUAAAUUCUGAAUUGGUUUUCUCAAGAUCAAUUUGCUCAUUUCUUUA